UCUGCGCCGGCUGCCUUCCCAAUUCCCUUAACCGCUCUCUUCUCCGCUUCCUCUGAUUUACGCUUAGGCGCACAAAUCCCAUCCCGGUUUGCCCAGAGGCUUCCCCAGCCACGCAUCUCUCCUAAUUAACUGCCUUCCCAAUGGUCCCGGCGCUAGACGGCGGAGGCAGGGCUCCAAGGAGCACGGAGAAGGCUUCUCCCUCAUGAGUCUGCCUGCCUGCCUCUUUCGGUUGCAGGCCUCUCCGCUCGGGAGAGGGCGAGGAGGAGCCUCCAAGACCAGGCUCGGCGCGAUCCCUUAUCCCUGCGCUUGUUUGCCUCUUUCUCCCUCUGAGAAACAGAGCGCGAAUUUGUGGACGGUGCCUAGAAGGCGGGCUGUCUCGCCUGGCGGCCGUCGGCGGCGUGGCGAACUGAGCUUCAAAAAGGCGCAGAAUGGCAACUUUCGGCGUACAGCCGCCGGCGCUGGGGAGGUGUCCUUUUUGGAUCGCCUGGCGCGGCGCAGCGCGCAGCGGCUGGAGGCGCCCCGGGCGCCGAGAAGAGGAGGGCGCGGGGCAGCAGCAGCGGCGGCGGCGCUAAAGGGCUGGCUCUCUCCGCUCCGGAUCCGGGAGGAGGGAAGGAGAGGAAAUCGGGCGCCUCCCGCCCAGCCGCACAUGGCUCAGCUGGAGCGCGGGGCCAGAUCGCGGGCGGCGCCUCCCCCUCCAGGCAUGUGCGCGCCCAACUCUGCCCGGAGCCCCUGGCCAGGGCGCAGCGGCUGAACGGCUGUGCCCGGGAGAGGCACGCACCCGCGGCUCCCUGCGGGCACCUGUGCGGAGAGGGAGGCAAGAUUAGAAGCCCUGAACUGGUGUCAUCUUUGGAUUGGAUGAGGUCAAACUGAAGCUUAACCACGCAAGACGGAGGCCAAAUUAGCCCCAGCUCUGCUGAUCAUGGUCAACAAGACCUUAAACUAUUGGGGUCCCAAUUUUGAGGAUGAGGUCAUCAACAUCAACGUUGGGGGCCUGAGAAGAAGGCUGAGCUCAAGUGCCCUCUCCAAGUUCCCCGACACUCGCCUUGGGCGCUUGCUCUCAUGCGACUCGGAAGAGUCCAUCUUGCAGCUGUGUGACGACUAUGACGUGAGUGCCCGGGAAUUCUACUUUGACCGCAACCCUGGCUUCUUCCUUUAUGUGCUCCACUUCUACCAGACGGGCAAGCUGCAUGUGAUGGACGAGCUGUGCGUCUUCUCCUUUUGCCAAGAGAUUGAGUACUGGGGCAUCAACGAAUUCUUCCUGGACUCCUGCUGCAGCUACCGCUACCAUGAGCGGAAGCUGGAGAGCCGCCACCACAACUGGGAUGAAGAAAGCGAGGUCAGCAGUGUGGACAUGUCUCCGGACGAGAUCUCGGAUUUCAACCACGACCUGCUUCGCUACAGCACCCUGCGUUGCGGUAAUGUGCGCAAGCGCCUCUGGCUUACCAUGGAGAACCCGGGCUACUCCAUCCCAAGCAAGCUCUUCAGCUUUGUGUCCAUCAGCGUUGUGUUGGCCUCCAUCGCGAGCAUGUGUAUCCACAGCAUGCCGGAGUACCAGGAACCCGAUGAGGAAGGCAUCCUGAAGGAUGACACGGUGCUGGAGAACCUGGAGUACUUUUGCAUCUCCUGGUUCACCUUUGAAGUGACGGCCCGUUUGCUGCUGGCGCCAAACUUAAGGAAGUUCUUCAAGCACCCCUUGAACCUGAUUGACAUAGUCUCAGUACUGCCUUUCUACUUCAGCCUUCUGGUGGAAGUGACCGCAGGGAGCAACUCGGAGCUGGGCAACGUGAGCAAGGUGGUGCAGGUGUUUCGCCUCAUGAGGAUAUUCCGGGUGCUGAAGCUGGCGAGGCAUUCGACGGGCCUGAGGUCUUUAGGAGCCACCUUGAAGCACAGCUACAGAGAAGUGGGAAUCCUACUCCUGUACUUGGCUGUUGGGGUGUCCGUGUUCUCCGGAGUGGCCUACACAGCUGAAAAGGAAGAAGAUGUUGGCUUUGAUACCAUCCCCGCCUGCUGGUGGUGGGGGACAGUGAGCAUGACCACCGUCGGCUACGGAGAUGUUGUGCCAGUGACGGUGGCCGGCAAGCUGGCGGCUUCCGGCUGCAUUCUGGGCGGGAUUUUGGUCGUGGCGUUGCCCAUCACCAUCAUCUUCAACAAGUUCUCCCACUUCUACCGCCAGCAGAAGGCCCUCGAGGCCGCUGUGCGGAACAGUGAUAAGAAGGAACCGGAGGACUCUGAGAAUUACCCGAGCCAAGAGUCAGAGUUUUGCAGCGAGGCCUACCAGAGAGACGAUGACUUUACCAGAAACAUACUUCCAGUCCAUUGAGACGGACAGGGAAUCAGGGACUUCAAUUCUGGCAUCAGGCUUCCGGGCAAGGAGCUCGUGAGAUGGUCGCAGGAGCAAAUAUCUCGGCCAUUGUGGGCCCAUUAGUUAUCAGUGACCUGUUGCAGAAUCACUUGCCUGCUGAGCCAAUGCAGGUACCAACUCACCUUAUGCAUCUGGAUUUCCAGUAUUUUGCCCAAGACGCUAUACACUGUGACUGACUCGAUCCUCUACCCACCAAGGGACCCUUGGAGCCAAAUGGCCAAACUGCUAUGCUUCUUGAUGCAGUCCAUAUCUCAUCCCUCCAGAGCAGCAAAAGAGGGUAGCUUUACCAUUAACAGCACUUUUUAAGGCCCUUGCAGGGGUGUGUGAGUGGGGAAAAUGCUAUUAGCAACCCUCAGGUAUAACCGACAGGCAGGGGAGCAAGGCAUCCUGGCUGGAUUGGAAAUGCAAGUCUAGAAUCCUAGCAGAUAAUAGGCAAAUGGCGCAACCAUUUUUUAAAGGCUCUUUUUCUCAUUUUAGGCAUUCAGCAGCCAUCCCAGUAACAACCACCAUGUCCUUAGUUCAGAUACAACCAAAUGCUCUCCACUGUCCGUCAAGUUGUCAAUACACAACAUUAUCCCCCCCCACCCCAAUUUCUGUGCUCUGGAGACCGGAUUAUGAUUCUGCUUCAGCUGUUGCCAAAGAGACCAGAUAACGGUUGCAAAGUCUUUCCUGAGUGUCUGUGACAAAGUGUUGUUUGUGGCUUAUGAGAUUUAUAGAAGAAAGAACCUCCUGGCUCCCUUGAUAAAUGUCUGUCCAACAGAGACAGUGGAGACUUAUCAGUGGAUGCAGAAGAAUUAAAUAGAUUUGAAGGUGAUGAAGGAAAACAGGGCAGGGUGGUGUGGGAGAAUUGUGAUACCUUAAUGUGCUGAAUAAGGGUUGGAGUACAUCACGGGGUGGGUGGGGCUGCUACUUAGUGCUGCAUGGCCAAUUCUCCACCCCAACCCUUAAUGUUUUUGAAUGAAAUGGAUGCUUUUUCUACAACUAUGCAUGGUAUACUGUUGAGAAUUUGGAGAGGGAACUACACACUCCCCUUGCCUUCUCAGCAUUGGUGCCCAAAGUCCAAUGAAAUUGAAAGAUUAGAUUUAAAAAAAAAGAUACUAAAGCAAAUGUCUGAUACAAUUCAACUGUCACAAAAUAAUAGUGUCAGCCGUUGGAGUAGUAGAUGGCUUUAAAUUAGGCCUCAUCUGCACUGUACACUUAAAGCAGCCCUGGCUUCCCCCAAGGAAUUCUGGGAGCUGUAGUUCGUUAAGGGUGCUGAGAACUAUUAGGAGGCUCAUGUUCCCCUUAGAGAGCUGCAAUUCCCAUAGUGCUUUAACAAUCAAUCCCUCUUCACAUGGAACUCUUGAGAAUUGUAGCUUAGUGAAAGGAAUAGGGGCCUUCUUACAACUCUCAGCACGCUUAACAAACUACAGCUCCCAGAAUUCCUUGAGGGGAAGCCAUGACACUUUGCAGGGGUAUCAUAGCCCUCUGAAUGUGUGGUGUAAAUGUGGCUGCUGAUACUGCUGUGUAGACAUGGCUGGAAUAGGCACAGGUUAUCUUAAAGGGGUUUUUGUUUUAGCUGCAGAUGUGUUUACCUCAUAUCUGAUGAUGGUUUCUCUCCCAGUACUUUGCUCAUAUUGGGAAUCCCUCGCCUCAGUGGAGGAGGAGGUGGAAGAAAGCUUUCAGCUAGGCUCCAUACACUCAUGACAGGACAGCCAUAGCACCCAUGCAAAUAUAGCUGCAAAAAAUAUGGCCCAUAGCAAGGGGAUAGCAGUGGGCUUUCUUCUCAUUGGUCACAAGGUGUUAUAUAACUUCACCUGACACAUGAUUAUAAGGCUCAGACAGCAGCAGUAACAUAAUACUGCCAUUGGGGCCAACGAAAAUGUCACAAGAUAAUGAGCAAGCUUCCAAGAACGCAGAACUCUCUUUUGAGGCGAAGGUUAAGCAAGAAAGCACAGGGUGGGAAAAUGCCACACUUUACCAUUUGUAACAAUCUGAAAAUGGACUAUGGACUAGAGGAGACAUUGGGCAGGUUUAAUUAGCCUGGCCUGAGCUAGUUGCAAACAACAAAUGAAUCUCUGGGUUCACCAAAGGCUACGAGAAGGAAGAAGCAAUGACUAGCUUUCGCUUUUGAAAAUAUCAAUGGCAGCAGUUACUCUGGUCUGUUUCUAAAGCUAAUCAGAACAGAAGCAUCUCUUAUAAGGUAGACUUAACACUUACAAGAGCUCUGCCAAUGAUAACUCUGGCAUGGCAAGCCCCCAAGUUGUUUUAGGAUCCACUUGUGGACACGGACCUUUGUUUUGUUUUUGUCUUUCGUAGUUGUGUGUCUGAGAAAAGUUAAACAAGAUCUUAAGGGAGGAGGACCCUUUUCCAGGAUGGAAUCCAGCAGGGGAACCUGAGGGAAACUGGGGGGGGGGGGUUCUGAUUAGCACUGCAAACCUUGAACCACUAGAGAAUUCCUGUUGGUUUCAAUUGGCGUUAAUUCACAGUGGGCAGUUGAGGAUUGUGGUCCAAUAACCUGAUCCUUUACACUUGCUGCACCCAGAAUGCACUGCAGCAGCUAACACAUUAUUCCUCUGGAUGCUACAAGGCCAAUGAUAGAUUACACAGGUACCAAUGCUUGGGCAAAUUAGCAAGCCAGUUCAGUUUUGCAAGCCAGUCUUUUGGCACGCAAGUUCCAUUUUGGUCCAAUUGCUUUGUACCUUGUACGUCUCAAGCUUGCUGUGGUGUCUCUUGUUCUCUGUGUUCUACUGCUCAAUGCGCUACCAUUGGUCUCUGUUCAAAGAAAAAUGGAGAAUUAUUAGGGGCCCGCAAGUGUUUUUCCUAGUGGAUUCAAAUUAAUUUAGCGGAGUUUCCCUUCAGCAGCGAGCUUUGCACCAAGCAUGUGGGAAUUCUUCUGCUGGCAUGGGCAUGUGAUGAUAAUGAAAUGUCACUAUUAUGGGAUGAGCAGGCUGCGGAGCUCAGGGCCUACUCCAGGCGGCAAAAACCACAGCCUUCCACGAACACCCCAGGGGAUGCUGAUGCAACGCAACCAGAAAGCCUGUGAAUGGCAAAUAGCGCGGCUCCCUGUGUGCUAGGCAGCUGGAGGAACUUUCUUCCAGUGUUCCUGCCUGCCUGCCUGCCAGCUGCUCUCUUAAUCCCUGAGGUCUCUUUCUAAAGUAGGCAAAGGGAACAGGAAGCUUGCUGACAACAGAGUCGAGCCAUUGUUCCAUCUAGCCAUUGUUCACAUUGACUAGCAAGCAGAGCCCCAGGAUUUCAGGCUUUCUCCCAGCCCUCUGUGGAGAUGGCUGGGGAUAGAACCUGGACCUUCUGCAUGCCAAGCAGGUGUUCUGCCCAAGAGCGACAGUGCUUCCCUAAAGGGUUGCAGCCAGGAAAUAAAUAUGCUGAUGCCCCCAGAAGAAGAAGAAACUGCUUCUGCCAAAAUGUACCCCCCCCCUGAAAAAUGAAGGGGCACCGUUAUUCCUUGUCAGUCCUAUUAUGCCCCCCGGGGCUAUUUGGGGAACAUAGGGGGGAUAUAAAUUGAAUUAUUAUUAACAAUAAACCCCAAACUCCCUUCUGGGUUUUUCUGAAUGACUCCCGAGGGGAAUACACAUGCAGUGCGUUUAUAAAUAUGUAAGCGAGUCUUUGCACACUUUUUCCCCGAAACGCCAGAAUUACGGCUCUUUUUGAUAAAUGAAGAAUGCUUAAUGAACAUGCCAGAAUUCCCUGGCUCAGUGGAACAGGCCGUGUUUUUUGUGGGCAAAUUGCCUUGCCACCUCCUGUUCAGACUGGGACAGAGUCCUUUCUGAAACCUCGCGUAGCUGCUGCCAGUCAGUGAGAGCAUGCUGAGCUAGAUGGAACAAUGAUCUGAUGAGGAAUAUGUUUAAAAGUAACAUUAAGUAAAGCAUGCCGUGUAUAACAUGCACAUUCAGAGACAUAUCACACAUGACAUAGACCUUUAACCCCUCCUAUGCAUAUAAAACCUAUGCAUAUAAAACCUACUCAUUAAGCUGGCAGCACUUCAUAAAACAUGUAUAAGUACAUUCAUUCUUAGAUGCUUCUCAUUUGAAUAAAGCUAUUUUUCCCUGUCUUCCAAAACAAAAAUCA